AUGGAACUGCAUAUUUGGCCGUCAGACUUUGGACUUCCCACAAUUGACGUGGCAUCACUUCAGUUUUUGGUAAGAAUUCCGCUAUUUCAAUAAUAAACCUUGGUUUGUUUGUUCAGACAUGUUCAAAAAUGUGUGCAAGUCCAGUUCAAGUUGUUCAUUCAACACGGCCUUGGAAUUCACCAACUGGAGAAUAUCCCGCGAUAUUUGAUCAGAAAAACAAGCCGGUCACGGAUUACGAAAAGUUUGUUGAAGUUUUGAAAAAAAGUGGACAAGAUGUGGUUAUCGAUGCUGAUUUGACAACUUUUGAAAGAGCUCAACUUGAUGCUUUUUCAUGCUAUCUUCAUCAAAAUUUGAAUCCAGCUGUAACACAUACAUUUUGGGCUGAUGAAUUGAAUUAUAAUACAGUCACACAAUAUUGGUAUGCAUCGCACUUGCAUUUUCCAUACAAUUUAUAUUAUUUGGAGAAACGAAGAAAGAAAGCAUUGAGGUUGUUGGCAUCAAAAAAUGACACUACUAUUUUGAAGGAUGCAUUCAUGGUAAGUUUCAAAAUCUCUUUUUUUUUUUUAAUUUUUUCUAGUGUUUUAUUUUUCCAGGCUCUUAACACUCUCUCAACCAAAUUGGGAGAUAACAAAUUUUUCUGUGGAAAUAAGCCAACAUCUUUGGAUGCACUCGUUUUUGGUUAUCUUGCUCCGCUUCUUCGUGUUCCACUUCCAAAUGAUCGACUUCAAGUUCAACUUUCAGCUUGUCCAAAUCUUGUGAGAUUUGUUGAAACAGUAUCAUCAAUUUAUUUACCUUUGAGCGAAGAAGAAAUUAAACGUCAACAAUCAAAUCGAAAAUUAUGGAAUAAUAGAUUAGCGAAAGCAAAAGCUGAAAAAGAAUUAGCCAAACAAAAUUCGGAUAAUGAACAUGCUGAAAACAAUGCGGAAGAACCACCAAUGAGAGAUUCGAUUUUAUUUGCUCUCGGAGCAAUAACACUUUCUCUUGUAUUUGCAAUUCAUACUGGAAUACUUCAAGUAUCAGUCGAAGACGAAGAAAUUGCAACUGAAUAA